AUCCUAUUGGCGAGCCCCUGGACUCACGUGAGCUGCAUACUAAUGACCUGAUUCUCCAUCCCUUCAAAACGCGCGGUAAGACCUUCAACCAACACUUUCCAACCGUAGCGCUCGUCCAUGAUACUCUGCAAGUUUCAGGAUACACGACCUAUGAUGUUUCUCAUGGCCAAGCCGCCAUCGUCAUCGUCGACCGGUUAUGUUUUCUUUGUCCCGAAAAGAUUUGCUUCGAAUAUUCUUCGAAGGGGCUCCAGGUAGGUCACCAGCAGUAUCAGAUCCUCACUUUCCUUGCUGCGGUCGUAUAUGCUUCUCGAACCCCCUUAUGAGUAUUGCAGUUGCUGUAACUCGGUAAUUUUCGUCUAUGACUUCUAUCACCUCUACGCGAACAGAAAAGAAAAUUCCAUCGCUUUCAGACUUACUUCCGCAAACGGUCACGUCCCCGGAAACAACAUGAACCAUCGACAAUGACAAAGGCCUACCACUCGAAAUGCGUUUUCGACCAUGGACAUCACCUAGUGCAGCGCUGGCCGCGGCCGACGGUGCCCUGCUACGAGCGCGAACAGACUCGACAAGUACUUGCCUUCCCGAGUCCCUCCUCUCUAUCGUCCCCCAGUGUGCAAUCGACUGCAUCCAAUCCUUCGCAUUCACCUACUAUCCUGGAAGUACCUGCGAAGACAAUCAAGACCUCAAUCGCCUUUGCACACAAAAAAACACGUCGGGCCUCACAAUUGGAGAAGGAUCAUUGCAGUGUGUGGUCUCAUUUUGCGCAGGGACAGAUCAGGUAGACCUCGCAGUAUACGGGAUUUGUGAUGGUAUAGUGGGUUCUCAGCCUGAGACUGCCCGCACCAUAACAGCGACUUUGUUAGCAACUACUUCAGCAUCGACUUCAGCAAUGGAGACGCUGCCGGCGACUAUAGGCACUCCAGUGUCUACGGAGCAAAUAAGCACAAUUGUCAUGGCUACUAGUACUCCUCCUGUGGCAACAGCGACAGUUAACACCGCCUUUCCUGCAUCAACGGCAUCUAGUCAGCCAUCUGGGGUCAAUUCGAUGUCUGCAUCUUCGACCAACACAGUCUCCGGCAUGUCAACCAGCACCCAGGCUACCGCUGUGGCUACAAACAUGUCAGAUCAGACGAAAUCCACACCUAGCCUCAGCACGACACAGAUUAUCGCAAUCGCGGUUGGAGCUGGUGCGACCGUCAUCGUUGUUUUUGCACUACUGAUGCUCGUCUAUUGUAUACGCAGACGACGACGUGAGCGACGUCGCAGCCACAGACGGUCACGUGUGGUCGAGACAACUCCUCCCCUCCCGAACUACCAGAGUCCUUUUAGCAGGACAAGUCCAACAUUCGAGGAGACAAAUCCUUCACUUGCGGCUUCGAAUGCAAACGGCCGUUUCUAUGCCGCCCAACCACCGAUGGAAGAGAAGCGGAGAAGUUUCUGGCGGAGGAGCAUCAGACCCGAGGAGAUAGGGGUUGCCGUGUCCCCGAAGCUGGGAGUGGAGGACUCUCCUGUGAGCGUCUCUUCGCAGCAGAGCAUGUCACGGCUUUUACCCACACUGCCUGCCAGAGCUUUGUGGCCAACCCCUCUGGAUCUCGAAAGCACGAGAAAGCGAAGGAGAUACACGCAACGGCCGAUCAGUGAGGCAACUGUGCUUGAAGAGGACCCAGAAUGGACUGCGACCGGUCCUGAGUCAAUCCUGAUUGAUAAUCAGCCUUUCAUCCUCGAAAGACCCCCACCAGCCAGGAAAAUGAAGUCCAUUCCUCCCCCUUUGAGACUCCCUAUCGCCACGCCAAAUCGUGCCAGAAACGCUCCUCAGGCUGUGCCGAUGCCUCUCACCCCUACGUAUGAUAAUGGGAAUGUUAAGCUCAUGUCACCUGCUGGGACGGUUUUUACUCCGCCGUCCACAGUUGCAAACACGAUGCAGACAUUCGCAGAUGGCGCGUCGCCUCCUCCACUACUCGAGCGCAAGUUGGCACCUUCGUCGACAUACGCAAACAAGAACAUUAUGCAGAGCAUGCCUCCCGCGCGACUCCCUCUUCGUGCAAUCAACAGCCAGGAUACUGAUACAGUUGUGCGGCCUCCCUACAACACAGCACCUACGGCAUCAAAUGUGGCCGUGCCUGUGCUUACCAGAACAAAUUCUAUUAGUUCUGAAUAUACCGAAAUCGAGGAAGAUACGACGCCAGAAGAGAUCAAUAAACAGCUUGGAUUAAGUGCUAAUCCGCCGACGCCGUCCAUUUUUGCAGGCAGCAGCAUAUAUAGCUAUGCCGGUCAAAGAAGUCCCAUCAAAGACCUGAGAUAUCCUUCUAUUCCUCGCUCCGCUGCCGUCUCUCGCCAGGCGGAAAAGCCGUCACAUAUGCGAGGAAGUGUUGCCAUCCCCUCACAUCCACGAUUGACAAGGAAUCAACUAGUGCGCGCAGAGGCCAGUUUCGUGCAGACGGAUACGACAUCAUCUGACGGCUAUCUAUCGGAUGACACGAUCGACUGGCCUGUACCUCCGAUCCCGGACAGAGAUUCGAGGAGGGGCACUUUGGCUGCAGCGGAAACGCUGAAAUCAAGUAUGGCAAAGCUCAGGAACAACCAAAAUAGUGCCAACAGACAGCCCCUGCCCCAGAUGUUAAGCCCAUCUCUGAAUGAGACAUUGAGAUCAGAAACGAAAAAGACGACGAAAGUCGUGGUCCCACAGAGGUCGCCGUCAACCAAAGCCCGCCUGACGCCGAGCAAAUCGAAGACAGGCGAUCUUUAUUUGACGGUAGAAAUAUGAGAGUGAGGACCAGGCUUCCUCUGUCUGGAUUCAUGACAAUGUACAAGUACUAUGAUUUUUGGAUGAGACCCAUGUUCGAUUAUUUCAUGGCGAGAUAUGUACGAUAUGAUGAUAGAAUAUACCCUUGACCUCCGGUUGCAAUAAAUUGCUUCCAAUAUA